AUGGAUGGAUGGAUGUAUCGACUCAAGGAGUGAAGCUCUCACCCACGCACCACCUGACUGACUGACAGACACGCAUAUGUGUGUGUGGGUGUGGGUGUGGUGUGCGUAUGUGGGGGGGUGUGUGCAGAGACAGACCAAGAGACCUACUCACGUACACCAAGACAGACACACACACACACACACACAGACAGACACACAGACAGACACACAGACAGGAAAAACGACGACGACGAUGAGCACCAUAAGAAGUGACGUCAGUGAGAGGCAGCCCAGCCGGCGUGGUGUUGGUCAGACAGACAGACAGACAGACACUCUCUCUCUCUUCUCUCUCGUGCAGUCGGCAGGCACAUGUGUGUAUACGUAUGUAUAUGGACGUCAUGAUGUCCAGGAGAUCCGUGUGUAGGACGUGCGUACGGUGGCCCUCCCCCCCCGCCCUCUCCCUCGCCCCAGCAUUUCACCACACACGACAGGAUCACAGCCCUCCCACAGACACACAGGACAAACUGACACAUGGACACAGAGACGCACAGAGAGACAGACACAUGGACAUGCAGAGACACACAGACACAGAGGGAGGCAGACACACAGAGAGCCCACGGACAGCAGCCACAUGACAACACUCACCAAGACAGGCAAGACAGACAGACAGACAGACGGACGGACGGCACCCGAACACCAUUCGUGUAGCUCACUCAGUCAGUCAGUCAGUCACUCCGCACUCGAUGGCACCACCACCCGAACACAACCCGUCCCCUAUUCACGGUGCAAUCCGCGCAAGGGGGAACGGUAGGGUGUCCUGUCUGGCAGCCCGUGUCCAGUCACGCCUCCGGUCAGGGGGAAGACUGGCGCUGUUUCCCCAGGCACGGGCCCGACUGCCGGCAGCAGCAGCAUCGGCUGGGGCAGACGUCCGGUCGCUUGGCCUUCCAGCAUACCCCCAACUGCGAAGGUCCGUCUGUGGUUUGCCUCAAAGUGAACGAUUUCAACACACGCGUGUAAGGCGAUGAAAGGGGAGGAACAGCGUGAUACAGACUCGUACUUGUUCUUGGUCCACGCAGUGCCGACGGGAGCAUCCCGUCUGGCGCUCACCUGGCACUCCAGGUCAAUGGCGGACCGCUGAGCAUGUUCGGGAGUUUCCACCACGCCAUUUACGUCAGUCCCGAUGAAGUCAUCCACUACGCGUAAGCCAAUGGUGGGACGGUGGGACAGGCGCGUAUGUCCAUUCAUUGGCUCAGUAGGGACGACGGAAGCAAACACAAAGCGCACGUCGACACGUGGACGCUUGAACGGCUCCUGCGCGAGUAUGGGGCGACAGACGUGUAUCUCAUCAGCUACAAGCACCCCACGUGAGCUCCGCUGAAGCCGCACUGCCUCUAUAAGGUGGCAUUGGGAUGAGGCUUGCUGCUGCAGGUUCACCAAUGGGGAAAUCGUCGAGCGCGCCCGCAGCCGAAUCGGCAAAGGCGAAUACAACGUCUUCUUCAACAACUGUGAGACCUUCGCCUACUGGUAAGUGGCCUGCUUAUAUACGAUUCUUGGUCUGACUUUUCCUCGCUCAGGUGCCACACGGACAAGGAGCGCUCUGACCAGAUGCGUGUCGUCAAAGAGAACGUCAAGAGAGAAGUCAAGAAGUCCGUUCACAGCCUGGCGGAUGAGAUCGUCCGGGGUGGCCUGCCGACGAGGGUGAUCCCGAUUCAAAAGGUGCUCGCCAGGCUUUUUCGCUAGCUGCCGUGCUUUUCCUCUGAGCCCUCCAUGCCUCCAUGUGUGUGUGGGGUUUGACUGUCUCGUGCCUGCUUAAUGCGUAAGGUAAGCGAUGUGUUGGCUGUCUGAAUGGUUCAAAUUCUGCUGUGUCCCGCUUGCGUCUGUGCUUUCCUGUGACGUAUCUUUCUACUUGCACGCUUCACUUUUUCUUUACUUUUUGUUGGUCUCUCGGCUGCACUUACUGGCUUACCACUGACUCGUGAAUUUAUCAGCCAUGUGUUUCUUUGAAGACGGCUGUGUGGUGUGAGUAGGGAUGGAUAUAUGGAAAAGAGGGCAACGCGCGCACACUCAGAUCACACAACGGUCCAUUCAACGACCAGUCAGUCAGUCUCGCCACUGAGUGCAGCAGCAGCUGUUGAGCACACGCCGUACAUGCAAGCUUCUCGCGGCCUCAUGUGAUGAUGCUGACUCGCAGGCAAUGCGUGACUCGUCGGACGUGUGCAGUGCUGCGUGUGGUCAGAGCAGUCUGGUGUAGGUAUCACUCAGCUGCUUGCCGUGCGCACACCGACGCCACGUCAUGGUGUUCCGCUGAUUGUACGUGACUCGCACCGAUUUUGCAGUGGAUGAAUGGAUGUGUGUAUGUCAAAGCGCCUGGAACGGUG